AUGAGACAACCGAGCGAGAGGGUGACGCUGCCCAAGUCGGACAGUUACCUGCCAGAGGUCUGGUCACUGUACGCGAUUGGCACGAUUGUCAUUCUGCUUCGCUUCGCGGUGCGCAUGCGCACAGUCGGUCUGCGCGGGUUCCAAGGCGACGACUAUCUCACUGGCCUUUACCUAGUCCUAUACACCAUGAACAUCAUCAUCGUCCAGUACACAUAUUAUAGUGGUGGAAACGUCGACGUCACGCCAGAACAAGUGGAGACGUUGCCGCAAUCCGAUAUUGACGUGCUGAGAUUCGGGAGUCAGCUCGAAUUCGUGAGCUGGUACACCUAUCCAGGGACAAUAUGGACUCUUAAAUUCAUGGUGCUCUUCUUCUACAGGAGAAUAACCCUCGGCGUCCUGCGGGUUAAGACGAUUCGCUUCCUCUUCUGGUUCUGCGCCGCGAGCUGGAUCGGGCUCAUCCUCUCCGUGUCCCUCAGUUGCCGCCCAUACUCCCACAACUGGCAGAUCAAACCCCUCCCCGGUCCAGAGUGCACAUUCCGUCCCCAGAACUUCUGGACGCUGUGCGUGCUCAACGUCCUCACCGACGCGGCGCUCAUGAGCAUCCCGCUGCCCAUCCUGUGGCACCUCCGCGUCUCCAAGCGCCGAAAGCUCGCGGUCGCCAUCCUCCUGCUCUCCGGCGUCUUUGUCAUCUCUACCGCCAUUGUGCGCAUGGUCAUGACUAUGGUCGGCGCACCCAACGUUAUCACCAUCAACAGCUGGGGUUUUCGAGAAACGUGUGCAGGGCUAUGCGCCGUCACCGCGCCCAUCCUGUGCCCCCUCUUCACGCGCGCGUUCUGGCGAAAAGGGCGGUACGGGCAGGAAUACGUGCGGUGGAGAGACAAUUGGCUGCGUCCGGGCGAGAGAAGAGAGUCCCCCGGAUUCGGGACUUGGAUCGGCAUGGUGGACGGACUGGAAGAUGACGAUGACGAUCUGUUCAGGUACGAUACCGAUGACGCCGGGUCUCUGGAGCAAGGGCACCAUGAGCCACGUGGUGGAUUCACGCCUGGGACGAUCAGGCAGGGGACGGCGAGUAUUGAAAUGUCCGGAACCGUGACCCGGCGGGGCCCCGAGGAGAAUGCUGGACCAUGGAAUGGCCCUCGCCAGAACAAUAUGAGUGGCGAGACCUUGGCCGGCGCUAGCAGCACUGGACUGGAAAGGGGCGAGUCGGGUGGACCUUCCAACAGCAAUGGAAGUCUGCACAAGCAUAGUCCGGUAUGA